AUGGACAUCAUAGGAGCACAGAAAGAAUAUUUUAAUCCUGGGGAGCUGCUGGAGCCCAGGAGAGUCUGUGCAGGGACGCCAAAGUCCUUCUCAGAACCAAGACCACAAUCAGGGCAAGAGUAUGGCCUUACCAAGACAGCCUCAGGGCCCAGAGACAGCUUCUGGCCCAGGGCUGUGGCGCCGAGACCACUGGCCAAGGAAAGGCCGGCAGAGACCCAUGCCAACGUGGACAACUCGGCGCCCCCCUCGGUGGCCCAACUGGCCGGGCGCUUCAGGGAGCAGACGGCUGCUGCUAAGGAGACACCAGCCAAUAAACCAACAAGAAGGAAACCACCCUGUUCCCUCCCCCUGUUUCCCCCCAAGGUAGAGCCGGGCCAGAAUGGUGAGGAGAAAUCACCACCCAAUGCAAGCCACCCUCCCAAAGUCAAGGUGAAGAGCUCGCCUCUGAUUGAGAAGCUUCAGGCCAACUUGACCUUUGACCCAGCGGCUCUACUGCCCGGGGCCUCCCCCAGGAGUCCUGGACUCAAGGCCAUGGUGUCACCGUUUCACAGCCCACCUUCUACCCCCAGCAGCCCUGGCGUGAAGUCUCUGUCUAACGAGGCCGAGGAGGUGCCUGUCAGCUUCGAUCAGCCUCCAGAAGGCAGUCAUCUGCCCUGUUACAAUAAGGUGCGGACCAGGGGCUCAAUCAAAAGGCGCCCUCCCUCCAGACGAUUCCGGAGGUCACAGUCGGACUGUGGGGACCUCGGAGACUUCAGGGCGGCGGAGUCAUCGCAGGAGAAUGGUGCCAAGGAAGAGGAGGGGGAUGAGGUGUUCCCAUCUAAGAGCAAGGCCCCAGGGUCCCUGCCGCCCAGCAAGGGGGCGGCAGGAGAGGGAGCAAGGAGAAACCUGGGGCCCACGGAGAAGCCUCCUCUGAGGAGGUCAUCCAGCAGGACAGAGAAGCAGGAGAAGGACAGGGCUACUGAGGAAGCCCAGGAAGGCGAGAAGGCUGCACGGAGAUCAGAGGAGGAGGCUGGAAGGCACCGGGCCCAGGAGGAAGCCCCAGAAUCACCUCACACCUCCAGCCCAGAGGCAGAGAGUGGAUGCGGGAGCCCCAGGGAGGCAAAACCAGCUGGAGAGGAGGCAGAGGCAGAAGUGUCUGCAAAGGUGAAGGUGGAGGGGGCGCAAAAUCAAGAGGCAGGGCCUGGACAUCAGAGCCAAAACACAAAGAAGCCAGAGGAGGCAGCUGUGAGGGAGGCGGCCCCCCAAACCCUCUCUGGAGGAGUGGGGAGCAGCGACAUCCCCGAGCAGGAGAAAGGCAAGGGGAAGCAAGAGGAGGGGGCUGUUCUCAAGCCAGGCUGCAGCCCCAGGACGGACCAUGCACAACCAGAGACCAGCAGUGAGGUUCAAACCAUGGGAGCCAUCCCCAAGGCAGAGGAUGACUCUCCUGUCCAGGACACAGAGCUGUGAAGAAGAGUUCACUGGGCCCAGGGAUGAAGUUGCUGGAGGCAAGUAGCAGCAACAAUAGUAGCAGCAGCAUAUUAAGCCAUUGCAGAAGCAGAAGGGGCUGAGUGUCUGGGUCAGCCUGAAGACACAGGGUGGAUUCUCUCCUGGCUUCCUCACCGAUGGAGAUUGGCUCUGACAGCAGCAGCCUUCUAUCAGCUUCAGUUCCUGUCAUUUGAUGAACUUGAUUUAAAAGACAAAACAAAACUUAUUUAAAGCAAUGCCACGGGGACACUGGUCAGCCUGUGGCAUCCUGGACACGAUCCACACACCCAUCCUUGCAGCUGACCCAAACUGAGCUCUGGUUUAGUGCAUCAUGAUUUGCUUCUAUAAAGUGAUAGCCUUUUUACUGUCCUAAAGUUUUUAUGGUUCUCAAAUGUAGGCAAAAACUAAUUUUAGGUGGCCAGAAACAUAAAAUAUAAAUCCUAUAAGUUACAGAAGACCUUAAAUUGUAUUCAGCUUGGUCCAAAUUUGACUGGCAAGCCACUUUUUAAAACAUUGGACCAGAAGAGAGAAUUACUGAAACAUUAAAAAAAUA